GCGGCAAAAGCCAGCUGAUUGGAGAACGGGCCCACCAAGCGUGGCACUUAGAAGGCUACGGUGAAGGUGUUCCUCGUCAUAUAGUUCACCGUUCUUGUGGCGAAUGACUGAAAUCGCGAGUGCCUACUUUCAUUCUCAGUUACCACUAUGACUUCGUUCGAGCAAAUCAGAGAAGAACUUCAAAAAUAUCAGCAGGACCAUAUUCUUAAGUUCUACGGGCAACUUGACGAAAAUGAGCGCGAAAUUUUUUUAAAACAAUUGAAAACUCUUCGGUUUAAAGAAGUGAACGAGCUUUUUAAAAAAGCGGAAGAAUCACUUACCGAUGACGUUGAAAAAGUCGACGCGCGUAUGCAGCCUAUACCCGCCGAACAAUUCGGGUCCGAGAAGAAUGCGGACAAAGAAGAAUUAUUAACUUAUCGAAGUGUCGGUUUAGAAGAAAUUUCAAAAGGACAUGUUGCGGUUCUUCUUCUCGCUGGCGGCCAAGGGACCAGACUUGGAGUUACUUAUCCAAAGGGAAUGUAUUCCGUUGGGUUACCAUCAGGAAAAACACUGUUUCAAAUACAAGCAGAGAGAAUCAGAAAAGUUAUUCAUUUAGCAAAGAAAGAAACUGGCAAGACUGGUAAUAUUGUUUGGUAUAUUAUGACCAGUGGCCCAACAAAUGCUACAACAACAAAAUAUUUGGAAGCCAACAAUUAUUUUGGACUAAAUCAAGAUGAUGUUAAAUUAUUCCAGCAAGGAUUAUUACCGUGUUUUGAUUUUAAUGGAAAAAUUCUUUUAGAAGAAAAAAAUUCGGUCGCUCUAGCUCCAGAUGGUAAUGGUGGAAUCUACAGGGCUUUAAGUGACAACCAGAUUCUAGAUGAUAUGGAACGAAGAGGAAUCAAAUAUGUGCACGUUCAUAGUGUUGACAAUAUUUUGGUAAAAGUGGCAGACCCUGUUUUUAUCGGCUACUGUGUCAAAAAGCAAGCUGAAUGUGGCGCUAAAGUAGUCAGCAAAGACGGCCCAAACGAAGCCGUAGGUGUUGUGUGCAAAGUAGAUGGAAAAUAUCAAGUUGUUGAAUAUAGUGAAAUUACGGAAAAAACAGCUAACCUAAAGGAUUCUUCUGGUAAUUUAGUUUUUCGGGCUGGUAACAUUUGCAAUCAUUUUUUCAGCACACAAUUUUUGCAAAGAAUUGCUAAACAGUAUGAAUCUGAACUUAAACUGCAUGUAGCUAAAAAAAAAAUUCCGUACAUUAAUGAAGACGGAGAAAAAAUUAAGCCCUCUUCUCCAAACGGAAUUAAAAUAGAAAAAUUUGUUUUUGACGUAUUUCAAUUUACUGACAGAUUUGUGACGUGGGAAGUACCUCGUAUAUCUGAAUUUAGUGCGCUUAAAAAUGCUGAUAGCGUUAUGAAAGACUGUCCUUCUACGGCUAGAAGAGAUUUAUUACGAUUGCAUAAAAGUUAUAUUGAAAAUGCAGGAGGAACUGUUAAAGAUCAAGUAGAUGUAGAAAUCUCUCCUUUAUUAUCUUAUGGCGGUGAAAAUAUCGAGAAAAAAGUCAAAUCAAAGAAAUUCGAAAGCACGACUAUUUUAUUAUCUGAAGAAGAAGCUCAACAACUGUGUUAUGUGAAUAGCCUUUCAAAUGGCAAAGCGUAGAAAAUUAAAUACUUUUUGAUAGCUCCCAAGGCACCAAAACUAUUAUUAAAUCUUGAAAUAAGUUACCUAAUAUUGGCUAUUGGUAAUUUUACUCCGGGUAUGUGCAAUCGGAAAUGUUUGAAGUAGGAUUAAAUGUGAGAAUUAUUUUAGUACCUAUUGAUAUUCUGUAAAUUAUUUCUUAAUGAAAAAAUACGUAUAUUUGUAUAUUAUAAUUUAUUUUUGAUAUGGUUAUUAGAUAUAUUAUCGAACCUAUGUAUAGAUGUUUAAAAACUUAUAUGGUGGCUCAGUAGUGCGAGGAGAUAUUCUCAUUGUCUUCGGAAAAGCAGGACAUGAUAAAAGUUAAUUCAAUCAGCACCUACAUUUCAGAUCAUAAUUUUGAACCCUCUACACUUAUAUUUUCAACGUUUAUCGGCUUUUGCUCUAUUGACUUUAGCGGAAUAUUCAUAUCGUAACAAUGGGCCAUCGUCCUGUAUUUCUUGUUACCUAUUUUUAUCCUAAUGUAUUUUUUUAAUUGCUGUUAAAAGGUGAAUGGUAUUAAUAAAAUAGUAUGCAAAAUAUA